UAUCCUCAUUAUGAAGAGCAAAAUAUUUCAUACAAACGUUUUGGUAUAACAAAAGCCGUACACAACUACUUUGUGCAAGAUGUAAAUAAUUAUGGGAUAUCAUUCUACAUUGCUGAGUUCAGAUAUAUUUAAUAUUUGAGUGUCAUGUCCUGGCAACCGUACAAAUAAAAGGGAAACUUUGACACAUCCAAAUCUGGGACAGCAAAAACAUGGCCGCUACACCUGGAAACGACGCCGGACCUCCGCCAACUUCAACCAUGGAGUCGGAAGGAAUCUUCUCGUCUGUGGCAUUCUUUUACAGUUCUCGAGUUUUGCUUCUUGUUGUUGUGCUUUGGGUCAUCCAUGUGGUGUUCAUCAGAUAUAUCCAGCCCCCCAUUAUGGCCUACUUCUUAAACCGUAUGCGGACCGUGUACAACAAGGCGAUGGAUAGUUUCAAACAAGAGCUGCUCAAAGAUUUGGAGAGUCUUCGUCCUGAAAAGUCAACAGAAUCCGAGAAAGAAUCCGUAGAGGAACCUGCUGCAAAUGGCCAGACGACUCCAGGUAUAACAGUUCUGGAGAUUGGAGUUGGUGCUGGUGCAAAUUUUAAGUACUAUCCCGAAGGAACUGAGGUUGUUGGAAUUGAACCGAAUCCGAGUUUUGCCGGCUACCUCGGGAAGAACGCUGCCGAGUACUACCCACGGGUUCGUCUGCAACGCACGGUGGUGGCGUAUGCCGAGGAUCUCCGCGGACAUGUUGAUGACAGCAGCGUGGAUGCGGUGGUCAGCACCCUUGUGCUCUGCAGUGUCAAGGACGUUGAUGCAGUGAUAAAAGAGGCAAAACGUGUUCUUAAACCGGGUGGAAAGUUCUACUUUCUGGAACAUGUAUGCGCCGAACCAGGGACAUGGGUGCGCACCAUCCAGUGGUUGAUCCAUCCAGUAUGGUUUUACUUUGGAGAUGGCUGCCAGUUAAUGCAGACACCAUGGGUCAACGUUGACCAGGCCGGCUUCUCCAAGGUCCUCUAUAAGAAGUUCCUUGCCCAUCCUAAGUUAAUCCGAUUGAUACGCCCCCAUGUGAUGGGUUUUGCAACCAAGUAAUGCAACACAAGGAGAUUCUGAGAACUUGGGUUGUCCUUCCCAAUUCUUAUUUGUUUUGUUUUUAGGCCGGGGCUGGAUUUCACAAAGGGUCAUAUCUCUAGUUAGGACAAGUUACUUGU